CACAGAAUGACCCUCUCGAAGAACAGGCCCUCUGGUGGCGAUGCUCCGUUGCCUGGAAAACUGCGGAGGGUGCUUCAAAGGGCCGAAUACAAUAUGUUAGACAAUGCACCAAUCUUUGAAGGCAACUUUGUGCAGGUGACCAGAAAAGGUGAAUGCAUCAGCAUUCAUAACCAUCCUCACAUCGUGACCAUGGGUGUUUUAGCCACCAGUCCGACUCUGCCGCUUCCUAACCUGAUGAUCAUUGCCCGGGAAAAACAGAGGAGAGGAGCAAAACGCCCGAAGGCUAAGGAUCUUGAAAUCACUCGGUUGGUUCCUUUAGAGAUGGUGGAGCUACGUCUUCACAGCCUGAAGGAGCGGAUGCUGAAAGUGCAGAUAAGGACGGGGCAAAAGUACUACCUGCAGCUUUAUGCCCCUGGCAGAGAUGCGACAUUUCUCUUCGACCAGUGGCUGCGACUCAUCUACCUGAUAUACAUAGCCAGGGGCAGAAUCAGACAGCCAGCAAGCAUCACCCCAAAGGAAUCUAGGCAUCAUGUGCUGCAGAAAAGCUCAUUGGGUUUGUCCAAGAAGCACUGGCUUCCUGCCAUCAUGGAGGAAGGCUCCACUGGACACCUGAAGGAGCAGCUGUGCCAACUUCAUUCCUCCACAGAGACACAAAGCUCUGCGGAAAGUCAGAUCACUUCAAAGCAAGGCAUCCUAAAAUCAGGUUCAGCAGCAUUUUCUUCUCGGUCAUCCUUUGACAUCUCAGGCAGUGAGGGGCAUGCUUCCAAAGGACCGUCUCUGUAUACAGACCCUGAAGUUAGAAAGAGGAGUCAACCGAAGACGCUAGUAGCCUCCCAAGCUGGAUCUCCUAGCUUCUAUAGACCUGAGGUGAAGAGACAGUCUAAACAAACUUCUCCCCAGUCGAUGGGCAUGAGGAGCUUGGAAUCUGCCACCAGGCCAGAAGGCACAGGGUUUCCUCACCCACAGGUGAGGUCUCUGCCAGUGGGUCCCUCGGCAGCAGCUCGGCAGAUGAGUGCCAAAGAGCCCUUUCAACUGAAGAAGGUCAGGCUGCCUUCUGUCACAGAACCCGAAGAAGUCCUCAUCUCCAUGACAUUGCCAAAAUCAAAACAUGUCCCUAUUAAACUUCAGAAGAGUAAAAAAUCUGACGCUCUGGCACGGUCCCACGGGAGCAAGAGAAAAAAGGCGGCUGUAAAAUCUCAUGAGGCAACCCCUGUUCCACCAAAGUCCCUCAAGUCUCCAUCACAAGACAGGCGAGGUGUAGCUUCAAAAACCUCAUCAACGAAGCCAAAGCCAUUGUCCAGGCCUGUUUCUGCCAGAGCAGCAUCAGCGAGUCCUGCCCCAGUAGACCAAACCUCGGUGGGUGUGGGACCAUCUGAGACACAUCUAGUCUCAGUGGCUAGUGGUCCUUCUGAGGCGUUUGUUGUGUCUGCGGCAACUGCUUCAUCAUGGUCAACCAGUCAGGGAACUCAAGCGAUACCUGAGAUGUGUGGAACUGAAGUGGCUCCUACAAAGGGACAGAGUGAGGGCAAGACUCAUGCCUGUCCUUCACAGAAAUCUGGGAAGCAAAGCAAAUCAGCAAGUAGCAGGCCAAAAGUUUCUUCGAUUCCCUUCCCAAAGCAGGGAAGGUCGACUUCUUCGAAUCCUACAAAGAAGGGAAACUUGGUGGCACUGCACAGGACAGAAGAGUCGGUAGCAGUGGGACCGUCCACAGCAGAUAACCUGUUUACAAGCAGGUCCCAAAGCCGAGCAUCAAAAGACAAAUCCCAUGGGAAGAAGAAGGACAGUAGCCGACCCAGCAGUGCCACAGGGAAACAGAAAGCAUCCAGGAGCGAAGAGACUGAGUCCAACACCAAGCUGAAACAAGUUCUGAGUGCAGCCAAGCAAAAAAGCAGCGUCACUUUCCUAACCAUCUAUAGUGUUCUGUCAUCGUCCUUUGACAGAGUGAAACGUUCCGUGAGCAGAGAUGAUGCAAAGCCCUUGUCUCGUAACCCUUCCAAACGAGUAACAAUCUCAGGAGUGGUGGGUCCAUCAGGAAAAAGUUUCUCUCAACAGGAAGAAGUAAGAGAUUCUGCUGAGGACAGGCCAUCUGCCUCAAGAAAGUAGCAUAAAGGGAGAAGCAUCCAUCAAAUCACACCCUUUAAGGUGUGAAAAAGCUGUCAUGAAUCAACCCAGGGCCCUCCCGCCAGGUUGGUAGGCUUUUGGGGUGAUGUACCCCUUUUCUAGCCAAACCCCUCCAACCACUCCCCAUUGACCUACAGGGUUAUGGGGGCAAAACAUCCCUUCAGGGGUCACUCCUAAGGCCACGCUCUGGUUGCAGGGGACCCUGGUCUCUAUGAACCCCUCCUCUAGGUCCACAGUGACCUCAACAACCCCUUACGUCACUCCUAAAGCCUACCCACCCGGGGGAGGGGCCUGGGUAAAUUCUUGACCCCUUUUUCCUGCCUUAAAUGGGCAGGGCACCUGUCUAAAUUUGAUUUAAUGGAUGCUAGACCCUUUAUACUACAGAAGAAGACCUGGGAAAUUUAGAUCCUCUUUUUCACCUUCCAAACCAAACAGCAAAACAUCACGAGCAAAAUUGCCUAGAAAACCAGAAGAGGCUAGCCACUUUCCAAGAUCAAAAAUAUAUGCGGCCCCAGGACACUUUAAAGUAGAUGCCAUCCCUCAACAUUUAUAAAACAGGAUCUGAAACCUAAACCUAUUUUUGCAUCACAAGAUGGAAGAAUAUUGAUGAUAGAAAUUCAAAGAAGGAUGGAAAAAACUUUGAUAGUGAAUAUUUAUGCUCCAAAUAAAAAUCAAGAUACAUUUUUCAAAGAACUACAAAAAGAAUUGGCUGAUAAAGAAUACAAACAUAUUUGCUGUAUAAGGGACUAACUCUUCCAGUUAGAACAACAGUCAAAACAAAAUAGCUUAAGUGGAAAACUAAUACAUAAUAUGAAAUCAGUACAACAUCAAAUACAUCUAUGGUGGAUGUCAGAAAUGGCAAUAAAGAUAAAACAAGUGAAACAAAAAAAUUUGAAAAAGCAAAGAAACCAAGCAGAUUGCUUGCCUAUAGCCUGAGAAAAGAACAAACAAGAAAUGAAAUUAUAAACCUUAAAGACCAGGAAGGACAGACUAAAUGGGAGCAGAAGGAAAUAAAAAAAUUGUCAAGGAUUUCUAUCAAGCUCUAUACAAAGAACCAGGGAAAUCAAUAACAAAGGAAAAAGAAUAUCUGCAGAAGCCUGAGUUAAAGAAAUUAUCUAAAGAAAAUAAAGAGAUCUUGAAUUCGUCUAUAACAACGUGUGAAGUGGUAGAAGCUACUAGAAGACAAAAGAAUAAUAAAUCUCCAGGAAUUGAUGGAAUACCGGCUGAAUAUUAGAAGAAUUUUGAAGAAGUUCUAGGUUUACCCUUUAAGGGAUUAAUAGAAGAAAUAGAAAUAGAAAAAAAAAUCCCACUUUAUGGAAAGAAGCAAUAGUUUCAGUAAUACAUAAAGAAGGUACUAAUAUGGCCCUAAUAUUCUUCCAUGCAGAGAAGGCCUUCAACAAUAUGAACUGGAUUUUUUGCUGACACAGCGGCAAUUAAUGGAAGCCAGAGAGAAGUGUAUAGGAGAAAUCAAAGCAAUAUAUUCCAAACAAGAAGCAUGAAUCAAAGUGAAUGGAGAGCUGACAGAAACAAUUACAAUUGAAAAAGGCAUAAAGCAAGGAUGCCCACUGUCCCCCCUACUGUUUAUUCUCCUGUUGGAAGUCUUGAACCAACAUAUUAGAGAAGAUAAGAGAAUCAAAAGGGUUAAAGAUUAAAGGAGAAGAAUUAAAAAUUCAAGCUUAUGCUAAUGAUUAAAUAAUAAUCUUAGAAGAAC